UUGUAGGUACUAUGGUACUACGUUACCUGAGUGACCAGAAAAAAUGUUCUGUAUGCAUAUUGUGCACGUACACGAGACUUCGUAGCGUCGGAAACUUUCCAUGUGUAAAGUAUCCGAGCUACAGUCCCCGCGCGACGGAGACUUAUCCAUACGAGCACCAGCUUACUUACAUGAAGUCUACAUGUCCUAAAGUGAUAGUACCCCAAAAUAUCCCCUCUGGUUCCCUUAUCAACACUCUAGAUAUUUAAACUCGCCUCAAGCCCACAUUCAAGGCACUACAUUCAACAUCUACCUAUUCAACCCUCUACCCACCCCACUAAAUCAAACCAAAUCCACCAAGAUGACUUCCUCAAAAACCUCAAUGGACAGCCUUUACUCCGACUUCGCAUCAAAAUACGAAAUCUCCACCGGCGGCUGCACCCGCCAACUAGCCACCUACCUCCUCUCCCUCCUCCCCGCACUCUCCUCCACCUCUCACAUCCACGACAACGCCUGCGGCCCCGGCAUCCUCGCGCAGGAAGUCCUCUUCCAAAACCACUCACUCACCCCCUCCAUAACCUGCACCGACUCCUCCCCACAAAUGAUCACCUUGGCCCAGCACACCAUCCCCGCCAUCACUCCCUCAAACGCCGCAAACCUAUCUUUCCACGUCCUCCCCGGCGAUGCUCUCGACCUACUCCCCUCGGAAUCUUUCACUCACUCGAUAACGAACAUGGGCAUCUUCUUCUUCACCGACGCGCUAAAAGGCGCCCGCGAAAUUCACCGUACCCUAACCCCAAACGGCACCGCCAUCGUCACAACCUGGAAGUCCGCAGGUUACAUGCCUAUCUUACACUGCGCGCAAAAAGCCGUGCGACCGCAAGAUCCGUUGUUUGAGUGGCCGAUUGCGAAAGAAUGGUAUGAAGCUGAUCACCUCCAAGAAAUAUUGAGGAAAGUCGGGUUUGAAAGUGUGGAGAUGAGCGAGGUGACUGUGCAUUUUGCGGGGAAGAGUCUGGAGGAGACGUGUGGGUUCUUAGUAGAUAUGUGGAAGCAGGUUGGGCCGAAGUGGACGGAGGAGGAGUAUGUGGAGUUUGGGAAGCAACUUGUUGUUGAAGGGAGGAAGGAGGCUAUUACGAUGAACAGGCCUGUGAAUGGGAAGAAGGAUGCGGAGAUUGUGGAAGUGGUUGGGUUUCCUAUGGUUGCGCACGUUGCCGUUGCAAAGAAGUGAGGCAACUACGCUUAUAGAUAUCGGGAGAAAGGUAGAUUUGUGUGCUAUCAUUACAA